GACCGCAAUGGAGAGAUCAGCGCCCAGGGAAGCGAGGGAACAGCAGGCUCCUUCCAGCAGCACAUCGGGAUGGGAGCCUGGGACACAGAGGGGGCUCCGAGACCGGGAUUGAUUCGGGGUGGUGUCCCUGUGUCUUCCUCCAGAAAAACACCUGAGGGACUAAGACACUGUAAUACUUCCUCAGUUCAAAGCAAAGAGUGACCAGCUGUCUCUAACAAACGGAAGGACGAUGGCUGAUGAGAAGAAAGCCCAGCAAGCUUCCAAGAAGGGCGCGAAGAAAAUUAUCAAGAAGGCGCCAGCGAAGGGCGGCAGGAAGAGGAAGCGGUCCAGGAAAGAAAGUUACUCCAUCUACAUCUACAAAGUGAUGAAGCAGGUUCACCCCGACACCGGCAUCUCCUCCAAGGCCAUGAGCAUCAUGAACUCGUUCGUCAACGAUAUUUUCGAGCGUAUCGCGGGGGAGGCUUCCCGCCUGGCCCAUUACAACAAGCGCAGCACCAUCAGCUCCCGGGAGAUCCAGACCGCCGUGCGGCUGCUGCUGCCCGGGGAGCUGGCCAAGCACGCCGUGUCGGAGGGUACAAAGGCGGUGACCAAGUACACCAGCUCCAAGUGAAGGACCGCGCUGCAUUGAAACACACAUCCACAACCCAAAGGCUCUUAUAAGAGCCACCCACAACAUCCCUGAGGCAGCUGAACCAUUUGUUUUAGCUUCCAUGUGAUUGUUGAUAAGGCGUUUCAACUUCUAGAUCUACAUGUUGUUGUGUUAAUAAGUACUUCGCAAAUUAUUCGGGAGUGGGGUGGAAGAUGCAGAUCAAGCGCCAGUGAGUCAUUUUUCAUCUUGCUUGAUUACCCCUGGUAGACAAAUGCCCACGUCUUUCACUCAAACGAUUGCCUUCUGAUUUAAAAUGAUUUACUCGACAUUUCCAAUGCACGGGUUCGAUCCGAUUUUUCGCAAUGCCAAAUAAAUCUUCCUGCUGUCGGUGAGAGACUUUCAAACCGAACCGAGAGAACUCCCAACACAGCUGCCGGACUGAAACGUGGAGCUUUUGCUGAAUCUGAUCGAGAGCGAUAAUGGAGGACAGCUUUAAAAUAUCGUCUUAAAAAAACGUGUUCGCCCUCGAUGCUGAGCCGGCAGAAUGCAGUGUGCUGCUUUAUCAGCAUAUCGGGGUGGUACUGAAAUGUGAAAAGAAAAGACAGGUUGCAGACUGCAGUGUUUGGCCUGUUUUGUUCAACUUCUUCUCAAGGUUUAGAAAUUAAUCAACUCUCAUGAUCAGAUACAGAUCGGCAAAUGAGGGAGAGU